AUGAGUCUAGACAUGCUCCUCAUCGACGAGAAUUCGACGGUUAUUCAAGGUUCUGCUAAUGCGAACCGCCAAUUCAUGUUCAGGCAGCGUCUCAGCAAAGGAUCAAUUUACAUGUUGAACGGGUUCGAUGUAAUGCGCAACAACCUCAAUUUCCAGAUGUUGAAUGCCUCUUUCUCCAUUCGGUUCAAUAAUAGAACUUCUUUAGUUAACCAAACAAAAUCUAUUAGGUCCAUACCUACUGAACAUUUCAGAUUUCUAACUUGGUAUAAG